UUGGUCCUGUGGACCGGUUGGACCAACCGGCCAGUUGGUCCUGUGGACCGGUUGGACCAACCGGCCAGUUGGUCCUGUGGACCGGUUGGACCAACCGGCCAGUUGGUCCUGUGGACCGGUUGGACCAACCGGCCAGUUGGUCAUGUGGACCGGUUGGUCCAACCGGCCAGUUGGUCCUGUGGACCGGUUGGACCAACCGGCCAGUUGGUCAUGUGGACCGGUUGGACCAACCGGCCAGUUGGUCCUGUGGACCGGUUGGACCAACCGGCCAGUUGGUCCUGUGGACCGGUUGGACCAACCGGCCAGUUGGUCCUGUGGACCGGUUGGACCAACCGGCCAGUUGGUCCUGUGGACCGGUUGGACCAACCGGCCAGUUGGUCAUGUGGACCGGUUGGACCAACCGGCCAGUUGGUCCUGUGGACCGGUUGGACCAACCGGCCAGUUGGUCCUGUGGACCGGUUGGACCAACCGGCCAGUUGGUCCUGUGGACCGGUUGGACCAACCGGCCAGUUGGUCCUGUGGACCGGUUGGACCAACCGGCCAGUUGGUCAUGUGGACCGGUUGGACCAACCGGCCAGUUGGUCCUGUGGACCGGUUGGACCAACCGGCCAGUUGGUCAUGUGGACCGGUUGGACCAACCGGCCAGUUGGUCCUGUGGACCGGUUGGACCAACCGGCCAGUUGGUCCUGUGGACCGGUUGGACCAACCGGCCAGUUGGUCCUGUGGACCGGUUGGACCAACCGGCCAGUUGGUCCUGUGGACCGGUUGGACCAACCGGCCAGUUGGUCCUGUGGACCGGUUGGACCAACCGGCCAGUUGGUCCUGUGGACCGGUUGGACCAACCGGCCAGUUGGUCCUGUGGACCGGUUGGACCAACCGGCCAGUUGGUCCUGUGGACCGGUUGGACCAACCGGCCAGUUGGUCCUGUGGACCGGUUGGACCAACCGGCCAGUUGGUCCUGUGGACCGGUUGGACCAACCGGCCAGUUGGUCAUGUGGACCGGUUGGACCAACCGGCCAGUUGGUCAUGUGGACCGGUUGGACCAACCGGCCAGUUGGUCCUGUGGACCGGUUGGACCAACCGGCCAGUUGGUCAUGUGGACCGGUUGGACCAACCGGCCAGUUGGUCCUGUGGACCGGUUGGACCAACCGGCCAGUUGGUCCUGUGGACCGGUUGGACCAACCGGCCAGUUGGUCCUGUGGACCGGUUGGACCAACCGGCCAGUUGGUCAUGUGGACCGGUUGGACCAACCGGCCAGUUGGUCCUGUGGACCGGUUGGACCAACCGGCCAGUUGGUCAUGUGGACCGGUUGGACCAACCGGCCAGUUGGUCCUGUGGACCGGUUGGACCAACCGGCCAGUUGGUCCUGUGGACCGGUUGGACCAACCGGCCAGUUGGUCCUGUGGACCGGUUGGACCAACCGGCCAGUUGGUCCUGUGGACCGGUUGGACCAACCGGCCAGUUGGUCCUGUGGACCGGUUGGACCAACCGGCCAGUUGGUCCUGUGGACCGGUUGGACCAACCGGCCAGUUGGUCCUGUGGACCGGUUGGACCAACCGGCCAGUUGGUCCUGUGGACCGGUUGGACCAACCGGCCAGUUGGUCCUGUGGACCGGUUGGACCAACCGGCCAGUUGGUCCUGUGGACCGGUUGGACCAACCGGCCAGUUGGUCAUGUGGACCGGUUGGACCAACCGGCCAGUUGGUCCUGUGGACCGGUUGGACCAACCGGCCAGUUGGUCAUGUGGACCGGUUGGACCAACCGGCCAGUUGGUCCUGUGGACCGGUUGGACCAACCGGCCAGUUGGUCCUGUGGACCGGUUGGACCAACCGGCCAGUUGGUCAUGUGGACCGGUUGGACCAACCGGCCAGUUGGUCAUGUGGACCGGUUGGACCAACCGGCCAGUUGGUCCUGUGGACCGGUUGGACCAACCGGCCAGUUGGUCAUGUGGACCGGUUGGACCAACCGGCCAGUUGGUCCUGUGGACCGGUUGGACCAACCGGCCAGUUGGUCAUGUGGACCGGUUGGACCAACCGGCCAGUUGGUCAUGUGGACCGGUUGGACCAACCGGCCAGUUGGUCCUGUGGACCGGUUGGACCAACCGGCCAGUUGGUCCUGUGGACCGGUUGGACCAACCGGCCAGUUGGUCCUGUGGACCGGUUGGACCAACCGGCCAGUUGGUCCUGUGGACCGGUUGGACCAACCGGCCAGUUGGUCCUGUGGACCGGUUGGACCAACCGGCCAGUUGGUCCUGUGGACCGGUUGGACCAACCGGCCAGUUGGUCAUGUGGACCGGUUGGACCAACCGGCCAGUUGGUCCUGUGGACCGGUUGGACCAACCGGCCAGUUGGUCCUGUGGACCGGUUGGACCAACCGGCCAGUUGGUCCUGUGGACCGGUUGGACCAACCGGCCAGUUGGUCCUGUGGACCGGUUGGACCAACCGGCCAGUUGGUCCUGUGGACCGGUUGGACCAACCGGCCAGUUGGUCCUGUGGACCGGUUGGACCAACCGGCCAGUUGGUCCUGUGGACCGGUUGGACCAACCGGCCAGUUGGUCCUGUGGACCGGUUGGACCAACCGGCCAGUUGGUCCUGUGGACCGGUUGGACCAACCGGCCAGUUGGUCCUGUGGACCGGUUGGACCAACCGGCCAGUUGGUCCUGUGGACCGGUUUGGACCAACCGGCCAGUUGGUCAUGUGGACCGGUUGGACCAACCGGCCAGUUGGUCAUGUGGACCGGUUGGACCAACCGGCCAGUUGGUCAUGUGGACCGGUUGGACCAACCGGCCAGUUGGUCCUGUGGACCGGUUGGACCAACCGGCCAGUUGGUCCUGUGGACCGGUUGGACCAACCGGCCAGUUGGUCAUGUGGACCGGUUGGACCAACCGGCCAGUUGGUCCUGUGGACCGGUUGGACCAACCGGCCAGUUGGUCCUGUGGACCGGUUGGACCAACCGGCCAGUUGGUCAUGUGGACCGGUUGGACCAACCGGCCAGUUGGUCAUGUGGACCGGUUGGACCAACCGGCCAGUUGGUCCUGUGGACCGGUUGGACCAACCGGCCAGUUGGUCCUGUGGACCGGUUGGACCAACCGGCCAGUUGGUCAUGUGGACCGGUUGGACCAACCGGCCAGUUGGUCCUGUGGACCGGUUGGACCAACCGGCCAGUUGGUCCUGUGGACCGGUUGGACCAACCGGCCAGUUGGUCCUGUGGACCGGUUGGACCAACCGGCCAGUUGGUCAUGUGGACCGGUUGGACCAACCGGCCAGUUGGUCCUGUGGACCGGUUGGACCAACCGGCCAGUUGGUCCUGUGGACCGGUUGGACCAACCGGCCAGUUGGUCCUGUGGACCGGUUGGACCAACCGGCCAGUUGGUCAUGUGGACCGGUUGGACCAACCGGCCAGUUGGUCAUGUGGACCGGUUGGUACCAACCGGCCAGUUGGUCAUGUGGACCGGUUGGACCAACCGGCCAGUUGGUCCUGUGGACCGGUUGGACCAACCGGCCAGUUGGUCCUGUGGACCGGUUGGACCAACCGGCCAGUUGGUCAUGUGGACCGGUUGGACCAACCGGCCAGUUGGUCCUGUGGACCGGUUGGACCAACCGGCCAGUUGGUCAUGUGGACCGGUUGGACCAACCGGCCAGUUGGUCAUGUGGACCGGUUGGACCAACCGGCCAGUUGGUCCUGUGGACCGGUUGGACCAACCGGCCAGUUGGUCAUGUGGACCGGUUGGACCAACCGGCCAGUUGGUCAUGUGGACCGGUUGGACCAACCGGCCAGUUGGUCAUGUGGACCGGUUGGACCAACCGGCCAGUUGGUCCUGUGGACCGGUUGGACCAACCGGCCAGUUGGUCCUGUGGACCGGUUGGACCAACCGGCCAGUUGGUCAUGUGGACCGGUUGGACCAACCGGCCAGUUGGUCCUGUGGACCGGUUGGACCAACCGGCCAGUUGGUCAUGUGGACCGGUUGGACCAACCGGCCAGUUGGUCAUGUGGACCGGUUGGACCAACCGGCCAGUUGGUCCUGUGGACCGGUUGGACCAACCGGCCAGUUGGUCCUGUGGACCGGUUGGACCAACCGGCCAGUUGGUCAUGUGGACCGGUUGGACCAACCGGCCAGUUGGUCAUGUGGACCGGUUGGACCAACCGGCCAGUUGGUCCUGUGGACCGGUUGGACCAACCGGCCAGUUGGUCAUGUGGACCGGUUGGACCAACCGGCCAGUUGGUCCUGUGGACCGGUUGGACCAACCGGCCAGUUGGUCCUGUGGACCGGUUGGACCAACCGGCCAGUUGGUCCUGUGGACCGGUUGGACCAACCGGCCAGUUGGUCAUGUGGACCGGUUGGACCAACCGGCCAGUUGGUCCUGUGGACCGGUUGGACCAACCGGCCAGUUGGUCCUGUGGACCGGUUGGACCAACCGGCCAGUUGGUCCUGUGGACCGGUUGGUCCAACCGGCCAGUUGGUCCUGUGGACCGGUUGGACCAACCGGCCAGUUGGUCCUGUGGACCGGUUGGUACCAACCGGCCAGUUGGUCAUGUGGACCGGUUGGACCAACCGGCCAGUUGGUCCUGUGGACCGGUUGGACCAACCGGCCAGUUGGUCCUGUGGACCGGUUGGACCAACCGGCCAGUUGGUCCUGUGGACCGGUUGGACCAACCGGCCAGUUGGUCCUGUGGACCGGUUGGACCAACCGGCCAGUUGGUCCUGUGGACCGGUUGGACCAACCGGCCAGUUGGUCAUGUGGACCGGUUGGACCAACCGGCCAGUUGGUCCUGUGGACCGGUUGGACCAACCGGCCAGUUGGUCCUGUGGACCGGUUGGACCAACCGGCCAGUUGGUCCUGUGGACCGGUUGGACCAACCGGCCAGUUGGUCCUGUGGACCGGUUGGACCAACCGGCCAGUUGGUCCUGUGGACCGGUUGGACCAACCGGCCAGUUGGUCAUGUGGACCGGUUGGACCAACCGGCCAGUUGGUCCUGUGGACCGGUUGGACCAACCGGCCAGUUGGUCCUGUGGACCGGUUGGACCAACCGGCCAGUUGGUCCUGUGGACCGGUUGGACCAACCGGCCAGUUGGUCCUGUGGACCGGUUGGACCAACCGGCCAGUUGGUCCUGUGGACCGGUUGGACCAACCGGCCAGUUGGUCCUGUGGACCGGUUGGACCAACCGGCCAGUUGGUCCUGUGGACCGGUUGGACCAACCGGCCAGUUGGUCAUGUGGACCGGUUGGACCAACCGGCCAGUUGGUCCUGUGGACCGGUUGGACAACCGGCCAGUUGGUCCUGUGGACCGGUUGGACCAACCGGCCAGUUGGUCAUGUGGACCGGUUGGACCAACCGGCCAGUUGGUCCUGUGGACCGGUUGGACCAACCGGCCAGUUGGUCCUGUGGACCGGUUGGACCAACCGGCCAGUUGGUCCUGUGGACCGGUUGGACCAACCGGCCAGUUGGUCAUGUGGACCGGUUGGACCAACCGGCCAGUUGGUCCUGUGGACCGGUUGGACCAACCGGCCAGUUGGUCAUGUGGACCGGUUGGACCAACCGGCCAGUUGGUCCUGUGGACCGGUUGGACCAACCGGCCAGUUGGUCCUGUGGACCGGUUGGACCAACCGGCCAGUUGGUCAUGUGGACCGGUUGGUACCAACCGGCCAGUUGGUCAUGUGGACCGGUUGGACCAACCGGCCAGUUGGUCAUGUGGACCGGUUGGUCCAACCGGCCAGUUGGUCCUGUGGACCGGUUGGACCAACCGGCCAGUUGGUCCUGUGGACCGGUUGGACCAACCGGCCAGUUGGUCCUGUGGACCGGUUGGACCAACCGGCCAGUUGGUCAUGUGGACCGGUUGGACCAACCGGCCAGUUGGUCCUGUGGACCGGUUGGACCAACCGGCCAGUUGGUCAUGUGGACCGGUUGGACCAACCGGCCAGUUGGUCAUGUGGACCGGUUGGACCAACCGGCCAGUUGGUCAUGUGGACCGGUUGGACCAACCGGCCAGUUGGUCCUGUGGACCGGUUGGUACCAACCGGCCAGUUGGUCAUGUGGACCGGUUGGACCAACCGGCCAGUUGGUCCUGUGGACCGGUUGGACCAACCGGCCAGUUGGUCAUGUGGACCGGUUGGACCAACCGGCCAGUUGGUCCUGUGGACCGGUUGGGACCAACCGGCCAGUUGGUCCUGUGGACCGGUUGGACCAACCGGCCAGUUGGUCCUGUGGACCGGUUGGACCAACCGGCCAGUUGGUCCUGUGGACCGGUUGGACCAACCGGCCAGUUGGUCCUGUGGACCGGUUGGACCAACCGGCCAGUUGGUCAUGUGGACCGGUUGGACCAACCGGCCAGUUGGUCAUGUGGACCGGUUGGACCAACCGGCCAGUUGGUCCUGUGGACCGGUUGGACCAACCGGCCAGUUGGUCAUGUGGACCGGUUGGACCAACCGGCCAGUUGGUCAUGUGGACCGACCCCCCCCCGGUUGGACCAACCGGCCAGUUGGUCAUGUGGACCGGUUGGACCAACCGGCCAGUUGGUCCUGUGGACCGGUUGGACCAACCGGCCAGUUGGUCAUGUGGACCGGUUGGACCAACCGGCCAGUUGGUCCUGUGGACCGGUUGGACCAACCGGCCAGUUGGUCCUGUGGACCGGUUGGACCAACCGGCCAGUUGGUCAUGUGGACCGGUUGGACCAACCGGCCAGUUGGUCCUGUGGACCGGUUGGACCAACCGGCCAGUUGGUCCUGUGGACCGGUUGGACCAACCGGCCAGUUGGUCCUGUGGACCGGUUGGACCAACCGGCCAGUUGGUCCUGUGGACCGGUUGGACCAACCGGCCAGUUGGUCCUGUGGACCGGUUGGACCAACCGGCCAGUUGGUCCUGUGGACCGGUUGGACCAACCGGCCAGGUUGGUCAUGUGGACCGGUUGGUCCAACCGGCCAGUUGGUCAUGUGGACCGGUUGGACCAACCGGCCAGUUGGUCCUGUGGACCGGUUGGACCAACCGGCCAGUUGGUCCUGUGGACCGGUUGGACCAACCGGCCAGUUGGUCCUGUGGACCGGUUGGACCAACCGGCCAGUUGGUCCUGUGGACCGGUUGGACCAACCGGCCAGUUGGUCCUGUGGACCGGUUGGACCAACCGGCCAGUUGGUCAUGUGGACCGGUUGGUACCAACCGGCCAGUUGGUCCUGUGGACCGGUUGGACCAACCGGCCAGUUGGUCCUGUGGACCGGUUGGACCAACCGGCCAGUUGGUCCUGUGGACCGGUUGGACCAACCGGCCAGUUGGUCCUGUGGACCGGUUGGACCAACCGGCCAGUUGGUCAUGUGGACCGGUUGGACCAACCGGCCAGUUGGUCCUGUGGACCGGUUGGACCAACCGGCCAGUUGGUCAUGUGGACCGGUUGGACCAACCGGCCAGUUGGUCCUGUGGACCGGUUGGACCAACCGGCCAGUUGGUCCUGUGGACCGGUUGGACCAACCGGCCAGUUGGUCCUGUGGACCGGUUGGACCAACCGGCCAGUUGGUCCUGUGGACCGGUUGGACCAACCGGCCAGUUGGUCCUGUGGACCGGUUGGACCAACCGGCCAGUUGGUCCUGUGGACCGGUUGGACCAACCGGCCAGUUGGUCCUGUGGACCGGUUGGACCAACCGGCCAGUUGGUCAUGUGGACCGGUUGGACCAACCGGCCAGUUGGUCCUGUGGACCGGUUGGACCAACCGGCCAGUUGGUCCUGUGGACCGGUUGGACCAACCGGCCAGUUGGUCCUGUGGACCGGUUGGUACCAACCGGCCAGUUGGUCCUGUGGACCGGUUGGACCAACCGGCCAGUUGGUCCUGUGGACCGGUUGGACCAACCGGCCAGUUGGUCCUGUGGACCGGUUGGUACCAACCGGCCAGUUGGUCCUGUGGACCGGUUGGACCAACCGGCCAGUUGGUCCUGUGGACCGGUUGGACCAACCGGCCAGUUGGUCCUGUGGACCGGUUGGACCAACCGGCCAGUUGGUCCUGUGGACCGGUUGGACCAACCGGCCAGUUGGUCCUGUGGACCGGUUGGACCAACCGGCCAGUUGGUCCUGUGGACCGGUUGGACCAACCGGCCAGUUGGUCAUGUGGACCGGUUGGACCAACCGGCCAGUUGGUCCUGUGGACCGGUUGGUACCAACCGGCCAGUUGGUCCUGUGGACCGGUUGGUCCAACCGGCCAGUUGGUCCUGUGGACCGGUUGGACCAACCGGCCAGUUGGUCCUGUGGACCGGUUGGACCAACCGGCCAGUUGGUCAUGUGGACCGGUUGGACCAACCGGCCAGUUGGUCCUGUGGACCGGUUGGACCAACCGGCCAGUUGGUCCUGUGGACCGGUUGGACCAACCGGCCAGUUGGUCCUGUGGACCGGUUGGACCAACGGCCAGUUGGUCAUGUGGACCGGUUGGACCAACCGGCCAGUUGGUCAUGUGGACCGGUUGGACCAACCGGCCAGUUGGUCCUGUGGACCGGUUGGACCAACCGGCCAGUUGGUCAUGUGGACCGGUUGGACCAACCGGCCAGUUGGUCCUGUGGACCGGUUGGACCAACCGGCCAGUUGGUCCUGUGGACCGGUUGGACCAACCGGCCAGUUGGUCCUGUGGACCGGUUGGACCAACCGGCCAGUUGGUCCUGUGGACCGGUUGGACCAACCGGCCAGUUGGUCCUGUGGACCGGUUGGACCAACCGGCCAGUUGGUCCAUGUGGACCGGUUGGACCAACCGGCCAGUUGGUCCAUGUGGACCGGUUGGACCAACCGGCCAGUUGGUCAUGUGGACCGGUUGGACCAACCGGCCAGUUGGUCCUGUGGACCGGUUGGACCAACCGGCCAGUUGGUCCUGUGGACCGGUUGGACCAACCGGCCAGUUGGUCAUGUGGACCGGUUGGACCAACCGGCCAGUUGGUCCUGUGGACCGGUUGGACCAACCGGCCAGUUGGUCCUGUGGACCGGUUGGACCAACCGGCCAGUUGGUCAUGUGGACCGGUUGGACCAACCGGCCAGUUGGUCCUGUGGACCGGUUGGACCAACCGGCCAGUUGGUCAUGUGGACCGGUUGGACCAACCGGCCAGUUGGUCAUGUGGACCGGUUGGUACCAACCGGCCAGUUGGUCAUGUGGACCGGUUGGACCAACCGGCCAGUUGGUCCUGUGGACCGGUUGGACCAACCGGCCAGUUGGUCCUGUGGACCGGUUGGACCAACCGGCCAGUUGGUCCUGUGGACCGGUUGGACCAACCGGCCAGUUGGUCCUGUGGACCGGUUGGACCAACCGGCCAGUUGGUCCUGUGGACCGGUUGGUACCAACCGGCCAGUUGGUCCUGUGGACCGGUUGGACCAACCGGCCAGUUGGUCCUGUGGACCGGUUGGACCAACCGGCCAGUUGGUCCUGUGGACCGGUUGGACCAACCGGCCAGUUGGUCCUGUGGACCGGUUGGACCAACCGGCCAGUUGGUCCUGUGGACCGGUUGGACCAACCGGCCAGUUGGUCAUGUGGACCGGUUGGUACCAACCGGCCAGUUGGUCCUGUGGACCGGUUGGACCAACCGGCCAGUUGGUCCUGUGGACCGGUUGGACCAACCGGCCAGUUGGUCCUGUGGACCGGUUGGACCAACCGGCCAGUUGGUCCUGUGGACCGGUUGGACCAACCGGCCAGUUGGUCAUGUGGACCGGUUGGACCAACCGGCCAGUUGGUCCUGUGGACCGGUUGGACCAACCGGCCAGUUGGUCCUGUGGACCGGUUGGACCAACCGGCCAGUUGGUCAUGUGGACCGGUUGGACCAACCGGCCAGUUGGUCCUGUGGACCGGUUGGACCAACCGGCCAGUUGGUCCUGUGGACCGGUUGGACCAACCGGCCAGUUGGUCCUGUGGACCGGUUGGACCAACCGGCCAGUUGGUCCUGUGGACCGGUUGGACCAACCGGCCAGUUGGUCCUGUGGACCGGUUGGACCAACCGGCCAGUUGGUCCUGUGGACCGGUUGGACCAACCGGCCAGUUGGUCAUGUGGACCGGUUGGACCAACCGGCCAGUUGGUCCUGUGGACCGGUUGGACCAACCGGCCAGUUGGUCAUGUGGACCGGUUGGACCAACCGGCCAGUUGGUCCUGUGGACCGGUUGGACCAACCGGCCAGUUGGUCCUGUGGACCGGUUGGACCAACCGGCCAGUUGGUCCUGUGGACCGGUUGGACCAACCGGCCAGUUGGUCAUGUGGACCGGUUGGACCAACCGGCCAGUUGGUCCUGUGGACCGGUUGGACCAACCGGCCAGUUGGUCAUGUGGACCGGUUGGACCAACCGGCCAGUUGGUCCUGUGGACCGGUUGGACCAACCGGCCAGUUGGUCCUGUGGACCGGUUGGACCAACCGGCCAGUUGGUCCUGUGGACCGGUUGGACCAACCGGCCAGUUGGUCCUGUGGACCGGUUGGACCAACCGGCCAGUUGGUCCUGUGGACCGGUUGGACCAACCGGCCAGUUGGUCCUGUGGACCGGUUGGACCAACCGGCCAGUUGGUCCUGUGGACCGGUUGGACCAACCGGCCAGUUGGUCCUGUGGACCGGUUGGACCAACCGGCCAGUUGGUCCUGUGGACCGGUUGGACCAACCGGCCAGUUGGUCCUGUGGACCGGUUGGACCAACCGGCCAGUUGGUCCUGUGGACCGGUUGGACCAACCGGCCAGUUGGUCCUGUGGACCGGUUGGACCAACCGGCCAGUUGGUCCUGUGGACCGGUUGGACCAACCGGCCAGUUGGUCCUGUGGACCGGUUGGACCAACCGGCCAGUUGGUCCUGUGGACCGGUUGGACCAACCGGCCAGUUGGUCCUGUGGACCGGUUGGACCAACCGGCCAGUUGGUCCUGUGGACCGGUUGGACCAACCGGCCAGUUGGUCAUGUGGACCGGUUGGACCAACCGGCCAGUUGGUCCUGUGGACCGGUUGGACCAACCGGCCAGUUGGUCAUGUGGACCGGUUGGACCAACCGGCCAGUUGGUCAUGUGGACCGGUUGGACCAACCGGCCAGUUGGUCCUGUGGACCGGUUGGACCAACCGGCCAGUUGGUCCUGUGGACCGGUUGGUACCAACCGGCCAGUUGGUCCUGUGGACCGGUUGGACCAACCGGCCAGUUGGUCAUGUGGACCGGUUGGACCAACCGGCCAGUUGGUCCUGUGGACCGGUUGGACCAACCGGCCAGUUGGUCCUGUGGACCGGUUGGACCAACCGGCCAGUGGUCAUGUGGACCGGUUGGACCAACCGGCCAGUUGGUCAUGUGGACCGGUUGGUCCAACCGGCCAGUUGGUCCUGUGGACCGGUUGGACCAACCGGCCAGUUGGUCCUGUGGACCGGUUGGACCAACCGGCCAGUUGGUCCUGUGGACCGGUUGGACCAACCGGCCAGUUGGUCCUGUGGACCGGUUGGACCAACCGGCCAGUUGGUCCUGUGGACCGGUUGGACCAACCGGCCAGUUGGUCCUGUGGACCGGUUGGUCCAACCGGCCAGUUGGUCCUGUGGACCGGUUGGACCAACCGGCCAGUUGGUCCUGUGGACCGGUUGGACCAACCGGCCAGUUGGUCCUGUGGACCGGUUGGACCAACCGGCCAGUUGGUCCUGUGGACCGGUUGGACCAACCGGCCAGUUGGUCAUGUGGACCGGUUGGACCAACCGGCCAGUUGGUCCUGUGGACCGGUUGGACCAACCGGCCAGUUGGUCAUGUGGACCGGUUGGACCAACCGGCCAGUUGGUCCUGUGGACCGGUUGGACCAACCGGCCAGUUGGUCCUGUGGACCGGUUGGACCAACCGGCCAGUUGGUCCUGUGGACCGGUUGGACCAACCGGCCAGUUGGUCAUGUGGACCGGUUGGAUCCAACCGGCCAGUUGGUCCUGUGGACCGGUUGGACCAACCGGCCAGUUGGUCAUGUGGACCGUUGGACCAACCGGCCAGUUGGUCCUGUGGACCGGUUGGACCAACCGGCCAGUUGGUCAUGUGGACCGGUUGGACCAACCGGCCAGUUGGUCAUGUGGACCGGUUGGACCAACCGGCCAGUUGGUCCUGUGGACCGGUUGGACCAACCGGCCAGUUGGUCAUGUGGACCGGUUGGACCAACCGGCCAGUUGGUCCUGUGGACCGGUUGGACCAACCGGCCAGUUGGUCCUGUGGACCGGUUGGACCAACCGGCCAGUUGGUCCUGUGGACCGGUUGGACCAACCGGCCAGUUGGUCAUGUGGACCGGUUGGACCAACCGGCCAGUUGGUCAUGUGGACCGGUUGGACCAACCGGCCAGUUGGUCCUGUGGACCGGUUGGACCAACCGGCCAGUUGGUCAUGUGGACCGGUUGGACCAACCGGCCAGUUGGUCCUGUGGACCGGUUGGACCAACCGGCCAGUUGGUCAUGUGGACCGGUUGGACCAACCGGCCAGUUGGUCCUGUGGACCGGUUGGACCAACCGGCCAGUUGGUCAUGUGGACCGGUUGGUCCAACCGGCCAGUUGGUCCUGUGGACCGGUUGGACCAACCGGCCAGUUGGUCCUGUGGACCGGUUGGACCAACCGGCCAGUUGGUCCUGUGGACCGGUUGGACCAACCGGCCAGUUGGUCCUGUGGACCGGUUGGACCAACCGGCCAGUUGGUCAUGUGGACCGGUUGGACCAACCGGCCAGUUGGUCCUGUGGACCGGUUGGACCAACCGGCCAGUUGGUCAUGUGGACCGGUUGGACCAACCGGCCAGUUGGUCCUGUGGACCGGUUGGACCAACCGGCCAGUUGGUCAUGUGGACCGGUUGGACCAACCGGCCAGUUGGUCAUGUGGACCGGUUGGACCAACCGGCCAGUUGGUCCUGUGGACCGGUUGGACCAACCGGCCAGUUGGUCCUGUGGACCGGUUGGACCAACCGGCCAGUUGGUCCUGUGGACCGGUUGGACCAACCGGCCAGUUGGUCCUGUGGACCGGUUGGACCAACCGGCCAGUUGGUCAUGUGGACCGGUUGGACCAACCGGCCAGUUGGUCCUGUGGACCGGUUGGACCAACCGGCCAGUUGGUCAUGUGGACCGGUUGGUACCAACCGGCCAGUUGGUCCUGUGGACCGGUUGGACCAACCGGCCAGUUGGUCCUGUGGACCGGUUGGACCAACCGGCCAGUUGGUCCUGUGGACCGGUUGGACCAACCGGCCAGUUGGUCAUGUGGACCGGUUGGACCAACCGGCCAGUUGGUCCUGUGGACCGGUUGGACCAACCGGCCAGUUGGUCCUGUGGACCGGUUGGACCAACCGGCCAGUUGGUCAUGUGGACCGGUUGGACCAACCGGCCAGUUGGUCCUGUGGACCGGUUGGACCAACCGGCCAGUUGGUCCUGUGGACCGGUUGGACCAACCGGCCAGUUGGUCCUGUGGACCGGUUGGACCAACCGGCCAGUUGGUCAUGUGGACCGGUUGGACCAACCGGCCAGUUGGUCCUGUGGACCGGUUGGACCAACCGGCCAGUUGGUCCUGUGGACCGGUUGGACCAACCGGCCAGUUGGUCAUGUGGACCGGUUGGGCCAACCGGCCAGUUGGUCCUGUGGACCGGUUGGACCAACCGGCCAGUUGGUCCUGUGGACCGGUUGGACCAACCGGCCAGUUGGUCAUGUGGACCGGUUGGUACCAACCGGCCAGUUGGUCAUGUGGACCGGUUGGACCAACCGGCCAGUUGGUCCUGUGGACCGGUUGGACCAACCGGCCAGUUGGUCCUGUGGACCGGUUGGACCAACCGGCCAGUUGGUCAUGUGGACCGGUUGGACCAACCGGCCAGUUGGUCCUGUGGACCGGUUGGACCAACCGGCCAGUUGGUCCUGUGGACCGGUUGGACCAACCGGCCAGUUGGUCCUGUGGACCGGUUUGGACCAACCGGCCAGUUGGUCAUGUGGACCGGUUGGCCAACCGGCCAGUUGGUCCUGUGGACCGGUUGGACCAACCGGCCAGUUGGUCAUGUGGACCGGUUGGACCAACCGGCCAGUUGGUCCUGUGGACCGGUUGGACCAACCGGCCAGUUGGUCAUGUGGACCGGUUGGACCAACCGGCCAGUUGGUCCUGUGGACCGGUUGGACCAACCGGCCAGUUGGUCCUGUGGACCGGUUUGGACCAACCGGCCAGUUGGUCAUGUGGACCGGUUGGACCAACCGGCCAGUUGGUCCUGUGGACCGGUUGGACCAACCGGCCAGUUGGUCCUGUGGACCGGUUGGACCAACCGGCCAGUUGGUCCUGUGGACCGGUUGGACCAACCGGCCAGUUGGUCAUGUGGACCGGUUGGACCAACCGGCCAGUUGGUCAUGUGGACCGGUUGGACCAACCGGCCAGUUGGUCCUGUGGACCGGUUGGACCAACCGGCCAGUUGGUCAUGUGGACCGGUUGGACCAACCGGCCAGUUGGUCCUGUGGACCGGUUGGUACCAACCGGCCAGUUGGUCCUGUGGACCGGUUGGACCAACCGGCCAGUUGGUCCUGUGGACCGGUUGGACCAAACCGGCCAGUUGGUCAUGUGGACCGUUGGUCAUGUGGACCGGUUGGACCAACCGGCCAGUUGGUCAUGUGGACCGGUUGGAUCCAACCGGCCAGUUGGUCAUGUGGACCGGUUGGACCAACCGGCCAGUUGGUCCUGUGGACCGGUUGGACCAACCGGCCAGUUGGUCCUGUGGACCGGUUGGACCAACCGGCCAGUUGGUCAUGUGGACCGGUUGGACCAACCGGCCAGUUGGUCCUGUGGACCGGUUGGACCAACCGGCCAGUUGGUCAUGUGGACCGGUUGGACCAACCGGCCAGUUGGUCCUGUGGACCGGUUGGACCAACCGGCCAGUUGGUCCUGUGGACCGGUUGGACCAACCGGCCAGUUGGUCAUGUGGACCGGUUGGACCAACCGGCCAGUUGGUCCUGUGGACCGGUUGGACCAACCGGCCAGUUGGUCCUGUGGACCGGUUGGACCAACCGGCCAGUUGGUCCUGUGGACCGGUUGGACCAACCGGCCAGUUGGUCCUGUGGACCGGUUGGACCAACCGGCCAGUUGGUCCUGUGGACCGGUUGGACCAACCGGCCAGUUUGGUCAUGUGGACCGGUUGGACCAACCGGCCAGUUGGUCCUGUGGACCGGUUGGACCAACCGGCCAGUUGGUCCUGUGGACCGGUUGGACCAACCGGCCAGUUGGUCAUGUGGACCGGUUGGACCAACCGGCCAGUUGGUCCUGUGGACCGGUUGGACCAACCGGCCAGUUGGUCCAUGUGGACCGGUUGGACCAACCGGCCAGUUGGUCAUGUGGACCGGUUGGACCAACCGGCCAGUUGGUCCUGUGGACCGGUUGGACCAACCGGCCAUGUUGGUCCUGUGGACCGGUUGGACCAACCGGCCAGUUGGUCAUGUGGACCGGUUGGUCCAACCGGCCAGUUGGUCCUGUGGACCGGUUGGACCAACCGGCCAGUUGGUCCUGUGGACCGGUUGGACCAACCGGCCAGUUGGUCAUGUGGACCGGUUGGACCAACCGGCCAGUUGGUCAUGUGGACCGGUUGGACCAACCGGCCAGUUGGUCCUGUGGACCGGUUGGACCAACCGGCCAGUUGGUCCUGUGGACCGGUUGGACCAACCGGCCAGUUGGUCAUGUGGACCGGUUGGACCAACCGGCCAGUUGGUCCUGUGGACCGGUUGGACCAACCGGCCAGUUGGUCAUGUGGACCGGUUGGACCAACCGGCCAGUUGGUCCUGUGGACCGGUUGGACCAACCGGCCAGUUGGUCAUGUGGACCGGUUGGACCAACCGGCCAGUUGGUCAUGUGGACCGGUUGGACCAACCGGCCAGUUGGUCAUGUGGACCGGUUGGACCAACCGGCCAGUUGGUCCUGUGGACCGGUUGGACCAACCGGCCAGUUGGUCCUGUGGACCGGUUGGACCAACCGGCCAGUUGGUCAUGUGGACCGGUUUGGACCAACCGGCCAGUUGGUCCUGUGGACCGGUUGGACCAACCGGCCAGUUGGUCCUGUGGACCGGUUGGACCAACCGCCAGUUGGUCCUGUGGACCGGUUGGACCAACCGGCCAGUUGGUCCUGUGGACCGGUUGGACCAACCGGCCAGUUGGUCAUGUGGACCGGUUGGUCCAACCGGCCAGUUGGUCAUGUGGACCGGUUGGACCAACCGGCCAGUUGGUCCUGUGGACCGGUUGGACCAACCGGCCAGUUGGUCCUGUGGACCGGUUGGACCAACCGGCCAGUUGGUCAUGUGGACCGGUUGGACCAACCGGCCAGUUGGUCCUGUGGACCGGUUGGACCAACCGGCCAGUUGGUCCUGUGGACCGGUUGGACCAACCGGCCAGUUGGUCCUGUGGACCGGUUGGACCAACCGGCCAGUUGGUCCUGUGGACCGGUUGGACCAACCGGCCAGUUGGUCAUGUGGACCGGUUGGACCAACCGGCCAGUUGGUCCUGUGGACCGGUUGGACCAACCGGCCAGUUGGUCAUGUGGACCGGUUGGACCAACCGGCCAGUUGGUCCUGUGGACCGGUUGGACCAACCGGCCAGUUGGUCCUGUGGACCGGUUGGACCAACCGGCCAGUUGGUCAUGUGGACCGGUUGGACCAACCGGCCAGUUGGUCCUGUGGACCGGUUGGACCAACCGGCCAGUUGGUCCUGUGGACCGGUUGGACCAACCGGCCAGUUGGUCCUGUGGACCGGUUGGACCAACCGGCCAGUUGGUCCUGUGGACCGGUUGGACCAACCGGCCAGUUGGUCCUGUGGACCGGUUGGACCAACCGGCCAGUUGGUCCUGUGGACCGGUUGGAUCCAACCGGCCAGUUGGUCCUGUGGACCGGUUGGACCAACCGGCCAGUUGGUCAUGUGGACCGGUUGGACCAACCGGCCAGUUGGUCAUGUGGACCGGUUGGACCAACCGGCCAGUUGGUCCUGUGGACCGGUUGGACCAACCGGCCAGUUGGUCAUGUGGACCGGUUGGACCAACCGGCCAGUUGGUCCUGUGGACCGGUUGGACCAACCGGCCAGUUGGUCCUGUGGACCGGUUGGACCAACCGGCCAGUUGGUCCUGUGGACCGGUUGGACCAACCGGCCAGUUGGUCCUGUGGACCGGUUGGACCAACCGGCCAGUUGGUCCUGUGGACCGGUUGGACCAACCGGCCAGUUGGUCCUGUGGACCGGUUGGACCAACCGGCCAGUGGUCCUGUGGACCGGUUGGACCAACCGGCCAGUUGGUCAUGUGGACCGGUUGGACCAACCGGCCAGUUGGUCCUGUGGACCGGUUGGACCAACCGGCCAGUUGGUCCUGUGGACCGGUUGGACCAACCGGCCAGUUGGUCAUGUGGACCGGUUGGACCAACCGGCCAGUUGGUCCUGUGGACCGGUUGGACCAACCGGCCAGUUGGUCCUGUGGACCGGUUGGACCAACCGGCCAGUUGGUCAUGUGGACCGGUUGGACCAACCGGCCAGUUGGUCCUGUGGACCGGUUGGACCAACCGGCCAGUUGGUCAUGUGGACCGGUUGGACCAACCGGCCAGUUGGUCAUGUGGACCGGUUGGACCAACCGGCCAGUUGGUCAUGUGGACCGGUUGGACCAACCGGCCAGUUGGUCCUGUGGACCGGUUGGCCAACCGGCCAGUUGGUCCUGUGGACCGGUUGGACCAACCGGCCAGUUGGUCCUGUGGACCGGUUGGACCAACCGGCCAGUUGGUCCAUGUGGACCGGUUGGACCAACCGGCCAGUUGGUCAUGUGGACCGGUUGGACCAACCGGCCAGUUGGUCCUGUGGACCGGUUGGUCCAACCGGCCAGUUGGUCAUGUGGGACCGGUUGGUCCAACCGGCCAGUUGGUCAUGUGGACCGGUUGGACCAACCGGCCAGUUGGUCCUGUGGACCGGUUGGACCAACCGGCCAGUUGGUCCUGUGGACCGGUUGGACCAACCGGCCAGUUGGUCAUGUGGACCGGUUGGACCAACCGGCCAGUUGGUCCUGUGGGACCGGUUGGACCAACCGGCCAGUUGGUCAUGUGGACCGGUUGGUCCAACCGGCCAGUUGGUCAUGUGGACCGGUUGGACCAACCGGCCAGUUGGUCCUGUGGACCGGUUGGUCCAACCGGCCAGUUGGUCCUGUGGACCGGUUGGACCAACCGGCCAGUUGGUCAUGUGGACCGGUUGGACCAACCGGCCAGUUGGUCCUGUGGACCGGUUGGACCAACCGGCCAGUUGGUCCUGUGGACCGGUUUGGACCAACCGGCCAGUUGGUCAUGUGGACCGGUUGGACCAACCGGCCAGUUGGUCCUGUGGACCGGUUGGACCAACCGGCCAGUUGGUCCUGUGGACCGGUUGGACCAACCGGCCAGUUGGUCCUGUGGACCGGUUGGUCCAACCGGCCAGUUGGUCAUGUGGACCGGUUGGACCAACCGGCCAGUUGGUCAUGUGGACCGGUUGGACCAACCGGCCAGUUGGUCAUGUGGACCGGUUGGUCCAACCGGCCAGUUGGUCCUGUGGACCGGUUGGACCAACCGGCCAGUUGGUCCUGUGGACCGGUUGGACCAACCGGCCAGUUGGUCCCAUGUGGACCGGUUGGUCCAACCGGCCAGUUGGUCAUGUGGACCGGUUGGACCAACCGGCAGUUGGUCCUGUGGACCGGUUGGACCACCGGCCAGUUGGUCCUGUGGACCGGUUGGACCAACCGGCCAGUUGGUCCUGUGGACCGGUUGGACCAACCGGCCAGUUGGUCCUGUGGACCGGUUGGACCAACCGGCCAGUUGGUCCUGUGGACCGGUUGGACCAACCGGCCAGUUGGUCCAUGUGGACCGGUUGGUACCAACCGGCCAGUUGGUCAUGUGGACCGGUUGGACCAACCGGCCAGUUGGUCAUGUGGACCGGUUGGACCAACCGGCCAGUUGGUCCUGUGGACCGGUUGGACCAACCGGCCAGUUGGUCCUGUGGACCGGUUGGACCAACCGGCCAGUUGGUCCUGUGGACCGGUUGGACCAACCGGCCAGUUGGUCAUGUGGACCGGUUGGACCAACCGGCCAGUUGGUCAUGUGGACCGGUUGGACCAACCGGCCAGUUGGUCAUGUGGACCGGUUGGACCAACCGGCCAGUUGGUCCUGUGGACCGGUUGGACCAACCGGCCAGUUGGUCCUGUGGACCGGUUGGACCAACCGGCCAGUUGGUCAUGUGGACCGGUUGGACCAACCGGCCAGUUGGUCAUGUGGACCGGUUGGACCAACCGGCCAGUUGGUCCUGUGGACCGGUUGGACCAACCGGCCAGUUGGUCAUGUGGACCGGUUGGACCAACCGGCCAGUUGGUCAUGUGGACCGGUUGGACCAACCGGCCAGUUGGUCCUGUGGACCGGUUGGACCAACCGGCCAGUUGGUCCUGUGGACCGGUUGGACCAACCGGCCAGUUGGUCCUGUGGACCGGUUGGACCAACCGGCCAGUUGGUCCUGUGGACCGGUUGGACCAACCGGCCAGUUGGUCCUGUGGACCGGUUGGACCAACCGGCCAGUUGGUCCUGUGGACCGGUUGGACCAACCGGCCAGUUGGUCCUGUGGACCGGUUGGACCAACCGGCCAGUUGGUCAUGUGGACCGGUUGGACCAACCGGCCAGUUGGUCCUGUGGACCGGUUGGACCAACCGGCCAGUUGGUCCUGUGGACCGGUUGGACCAACCGGCCAGUUGGUCAUGUGGACCGGUUGGACCAACCGGCCAGUUGGUCCUGUGGACCGGUUGGACCAACCGGCCAGUUGGUCCUGUGGACCGGUUGGACCAACCGGCCAGUUGGUCAUGUGGACCGGUUGGACCAACCGGCCAGUUGGUCCUGUGGACCGGUUGGACCAACCGGCCAGUUGGUCAUGUGGACCGGUUGGACCAACCGGCCAGUUGGUCCUGUGGACCGGUUGGCCAACCGGCCAGUUGGUCCUGUGGACCGGUUGGACCAACCGGCCAGUUGGUCCUGUGGACCGGUUGGACCAACCGGCCAGUUGGUCCUGUGGACCGGUUGGACCAACCGGCCAGUUGGUCCUGUGGACCGGUUGGACCAACCGGCCAGUUGGUCAUGUGGACCGGUUGGACCAACCGGCCAGUUGGUCCUGUGGACCGGUUGGACCAACCGGCCAGUUGGUCCUGUGGACCGGUUGGUCCAACCGGCCAGUUGGUCCUGUGGACCGGUUGGACCAACCGGCCAGUUGGUCAUGUGGACCGGUUGGACCAACCGGCCAGUUGGUCAUGUGGACCGGUUGGACCAACCGGCCAGUUGGUCAUGUGGACCGGUUGGACCAACCGGCCAGUUGGUCCUGUGGACCGGUUGGACCAACCGGCCAGUUGGUCCUGUGGACCGGUUGGUACCAACCGGCCAGUUGGUCAUGUGGACCGGUUGGACCAACCGGCCAGUUGGUCAUGUGGACCGGUUGGACCAACCGGCCAGUUGGUCAUGUGGACCGGUUGGACCAACCGGCCAGUUGGUCCUGUGGACCGGUUGGACCAACCGGCCAGUUGGUCCUGUGGACCGGUUGGACCAACCGGCCAGUUGGUCCUGUGGACCGGUUGGACCAACCGGCCAGUUGGUCCUGUGGACCGGUUGGACCAACCGGCCAGUUGGUCAUGUGGACCGGUUGGACCAACCGGCCAGUUGGUCCUGUGGACCGGUUGGACCAACCGGCCAGUUGGUCCUGUGGACCGGUUGGACCAACCGGCCAGUUGGUCCUGUGGACCGGUUGGUCCAACCGGCCAGUUGGUCAUGUGGACCGGUUGGACCAACCGGCCAGUUGGUCAUGUGGACCGGUUGGACCAACCGGCCAGUUGGUCCUGUGGACCGGUUGGACCAACCGGCCAGUUGGUCCUGUGGACCGGUUGGACCAACCGGCCAGUUGGUCAUGUGGACCGGUUGGACCAACCGGCCAGUUGGUCCUGUGGACCGGUUUGGACCAACCGGCCAGUUGGUCAUGUGGACCGGUUGGACCAACCGGCCAGUUGGUCCUGUGGACCGGUUGGACCAACCGGCCAGUUGGUCAUGUGGACCGGUUGGACCAACCGGCCAGUUGGUCCUGUGGACCGGUUGGUACCAACCGGCCAGUUGGUCCUGUGGACCGGUUGGACCAACCGGCCAGUUGGUCCUGUGGACCGGUUGGAUCCAACCGGCCAGUUGGUCCUGUGGACCGGUUGGACCAACCGGCCAGUUGGUCCUGUGGACCGGUUGGACCAACCGGCCAGUUGGUCCUGUGGACCGGUUGGUCCAACCGGCCAGUUGGUCCUGUGGACCGGUUGGACCAACCGGCCAGUUGGUCCUGUGGACCGGUUGGACCAACCGGCCAGUUGGUCAUGUGGACCGGUUGGUCCAACCGGCCAGUUGGUCCUGUGGACCGGUUGGACCAACCGGCCAGUUGGUCAUGUGGACCGGUUGGACCAACCGGCCAGUUGGUCAUGUGGACCGGUUGGACCAACCGGCCAGUUGGUCAUGUGGACCGGUUGGACCAACCGGCCAGUUGGUCCUGUGGACCGGUUGGACCAACCGGCCAGUUGGUCCUGUGGACCGGUUGGACCAACCGGCCAGUUGGUCAUGUGGACCGGUUGGACCAACCGGCCAGUUGGUCCUGUGGACCGGUUGGACCAACCGGCCAGUUGGUCCUGUGGACCGGUUGGACCAACCGGCCAGUUGGUCAUGUGGACCGGUUGGACCAACCGGCCAGUUGGUCAUGUGGACCGGUUGGACCAACCGGCCAGUUGGUCCUGUGGACCGGUUGGACCAACCGGCCAGUUGGUCCUGUGGACCGGUUGGACCAACCGGCCAGUUGGUCCUGUGGACCGGUUGGACCAACCGGCCAGUUGGUCCUGUGGACCGGUUGGACCAACCGCCAGUUGGUCAUGUGGACCGGUUGGACCAACCGGCCAGUUGGUCCUGUGGACCGGUUGGACCAACCGGCCAGUUGGUCCUGUGGACCGGUUGGACCAACCGGCCAGUUGGUCAUGUGGACCGGUUGGACCAACCGGCCAGUUGGUCCAUGUGGACCGGUUGGACCAACCGGCCAGUUGGUCAUGUGGACCGGUUGGACCAACCGGCCAGUUGGUCAUGUGGACCGGUUGGACCAACCGGCCAGUUGGUCCUGUGGACCGGUUGGACCAACCGGCCAGUUGGUCCUGUGGACCGGUUGGUACCAACCGGCCAGUUGGUCAUGUGGACCGGUUGGACCAACCGGCCAGUUGGUCAUGUGGACCGGUUGGACCAACCGGCCAGUUGGUCCUGUGGACCGGUUGGACCAACCGGCCAGUUGGUCCUGUGGACCGGUUGGACCAACCGGCCAGUUGGUCCUGUGGACCGGUUGGACCAACCGGCCAGUUGGUCAUGUGGACCGGUUGGUCCAACCGGCCAGUUGGUCAUGUGGACCGGUUGGACCAACCGGCCAGUUGGUCCUGUGGACCGGUUGGACCAACCGGCCAGUUGGUCAGUUGGUCAUGUGGACCGGUUGGACCAACCGGCCAGUUGGUCCUGUGGACCGGUUGGACCAACCGGCCAGUUGGUCAUGUGGACCGGUUGGUCCAACCGGCCAGUUUGGUCAUGUGGACCGGUUGGACCAACCGGCCAGUUGGUCCUGUGGACCGGUUGGUACCAACCGGCCAGUUGGUCCUGUGGACCGGUUGGACCAACCGGCCAGUUUGGUCCUGUGGACCGGUUGGACCAACCGGCCAGUUGGUCCUGUGGACCGGUUGGACCAACCGGCCAGUUGGUCAUGUGGACCGGUUGGACCAACCGGCCAGUUGGUCCUGUGGACCGGUUGGUCCAACCGGCCAGUUGGUCCUGUGGACCGGUUGGACCAACCGGCCAGUUGGUCCUGUGGACCGGUUGGACCAACCGGCCAGUUGGUCAUGUGGACCGGUUGGACCAACCGGCCAGUUGGUCCUGUGGACCGGUUGGUCCAACCGGCCAGUUGGUCCUGUGGACCGGUUGGACCAACCGGCCAGUUGGUCAUGUGGACCGGUUGGACCAACCGGCCAGUUGGUCCUGUGGACCGGUUGGACCAACCGGCCAGUUGGUCCUGUGGACCGGUUGGACCAACCGGCCAGUUGGUCCUGUGGACCGGUUGGACCAACCGGCCAGUUGGUCCUGUGGACCGGUUGGACCAACCGGCCAGUUGUCCUGUGGACCGGUUGGAUCCAACCGGCCAGUUGGUCCCUGUGGACCGGUUGGACCAACCGGCCAGUUGGUCCUGUGGACCGGUUGGACCAACCGGCCAGUUGGUCAUGUGGACCGGUUGGUCCAACCGGCCAGUUGGUCCUGUGGACCGGUUGGACCAACCGGCCAGUUGGUCCUGUGGACCGGUUGGACCAACCGGCCAGUUGGUCCUGUGGACCGGUUGGACCAACCGGCCAGUUGGUCCUGUGGACCGGUUGGUACCAACCGGCCAGUUGGUCAUGUGGACCGGUUGGACCAACCGGCCAGUUGGUUCCUGUGGACCGGUUGGACCAACCGGCCAGUAGUGGUCCUGUGGACCGGUUGGACCAACCGGCCAGUUGGUCCUGUGGACCGGUUGGACCAACCGGCCAGUUGGUCCUGUGGACCGGUUGGACCAACCGGCCAGUUGGUCAUGUGGACCGGUGGACAACCGGCCAGUUGGUCAUGUGGACCGGUUGGACCAACCGGCCAGUUGGUCCUGUGGACCGGUUGGACAACCGGCCAGUUGGUCAUGUGGACCGGUUGGACCAACCAGGCCAGUUGGUCCUGUGGACCGGUUGGACCAACCGGCCAGUUGGUCCUGUGGACCGUGUUGGUAUCCAACCGGCCAGUUGGUCCUGUGGACCGGUUUGGACCCAACCGGCCAGUUGGUCCUGUGGACCGGUUGGUCCAACCGGCCAUUGGUCAUGUGGACCGGUUGGUCCAACCGGCCAGCUUGGUCCUGUGGACCGGUUGGACCAACCGGCCAGUUGGUCCUGUGGACCGGUUGGUCCAACCGGCCAGUUGGUCCUGUUGGACCGGUUGGAACCAACCGGCCAGUUGGUCCUGUGGACCGGUUGGACCAACCGGCCAGUUGGUCCUGUGGACCCGUUGGACCAACCGGCCAGUUGGUCAUGUGGACCGGUUGGACCAACCGGCCAGUUGGUCCUGUGGACCGGGUUGGUCCAACCGGCCAGUUGGUCCUGUGGACCGGUUGACCAACCGGCCAGUUGGUCAUGUGGACCGGUUGGACCAACCGGCCAGUUGGCAUGUGGAGCCGGUUGGGACCAACCGGCCAGUUGGUCCUGGGACCGGUUUGGACCAACCCGGCCAGUUGGUCCUGUGGACCGGUUGGACCAACGCCAGUUGGUCAUGUGGACCGGUUGGACCAACCGGCCAGUUGGUCCUGUGGACCGGUUGGCCAACCGGCCAGUUGGUCCUGGGACCAAACCGGCCAGUUGGUCCUGUGGACCGGUUGGACCAACCGGCCAGUUGGUCAUGUGGACCGGUUGGACCAACCGGCCAGUUGGUCCUGUGGACCGGUUGGACCAACCGGCCAGUUGGUCCUGUGGACCGGUUGGACCAACCGGCCAGUUGGUCAUGUGGACCGGUUGGACCAACCGGCCAGUUGGUCCUGUGGACCGGUUGGACCAACCGGCCAGUUGGUCCAUGUGGACCGGUUGGACCAACCGGCCAGUUGGUCCUGUGGACCGGUUGGACCAACCGGCCAGUUGGUCAUGUGGACCGGUUGGACCAACCGGCCAGUUGGUCCUGUGGACCGGUUGGACCAACCGGCCAGUUGGUCCUGUGGACCGGUUGGACCAACCGGCCAGUUGGUCAUGUGGACCGGUUGGUACCAACCGGCCAGUUGGUCCUGUGGACCGGUUGGACCAACCGGCCAGUUGGUCCUGUGGACCGGUUGGACCAACCGGCCAGUUGGUCAUGUGGACCGGUUGGACCAACCGGCCAGUUGGUCAUGUGGACCGGUUGGACCAACCGGCCAGUUGGUCCUGUGGACCGGUUGGACCAACCGGCCAGUUGGUCCUGUGGACCGGUUGGACCAACCGGCCAGUUGGUCAUGUGGACCGGUUUGGACCAACCGGCCAGUUGGUCCUGUUGACCGGUUUGGACCAACCGGCCAGUUGGUCCUGUGGACCGUUGGUCCAUGUUGGACCGGUUGGACCAACCGGCCAGUUGGUCCUGUGGACCGGUUUGGACAACCGGCCAGUUGGUCCUGUGGACCGGUUGGACCAACCGGCCAGUUGGUCCUGUGGACCGGUUGGACCAACCGGCCAGUUGGUCCUGUGGACCGGUUGGACCAACCGGCCAGUUGGGUCAUGUGGACCGGUUGGACCAACCGGCCAGUUGGUCAUGUGGACCGGUUGGACCAACCGGCCAGUUUGGUCAUGUGGACCGGUUGGACCAACCGGCCAGUUGGUCCUGUGGACCGGUUGGACCAACCGGCCAGUUGGUCAUGUGGACCGGUUGGACCAACCGGCCGUUGGUCCUGUGGACCGGUUGACCAAACCGGCCAGUUGGUCAUGUGGACCGGUUGGACCAACCGGCCAGUUGGUCCUGUGGACCGGUUGGACCAACCGGCCAGUUGGUCAUGUGGACCAGUUGGUCCUGUGGACCGGUUGGACCACCGGCCAGUUGGUCCUGUGGACCGGUUGGACCAACCCGGCCAGUUGGUCCUGUGGACCGGUUGGACCAACCGGCCAGUUGGUCCUGUGGACCGUUUGGACCAACCGGCCAGUUGGUCAUGUGGACCGGUUGGACCAACCGGCCAGUUGGUCCUGUGGACCGGUUGGACCAACCGGCCAGUUGGUCCUGUGGACCGGUUGGACCAACCGGCCAGUUGGUCAUGUGGACCGGUUGGACCAACCGGCCAGUUGGUCCUGUGGACCGGUUGGACCACCGGCCAGUUGGUCCUGUGGACGGUUGGACCAACCGGCCAGUUGGUCCUGUGGACCGGUUGGACCAACCGGCCAGUUGGUCCUGUGGACCGGUUGGACCAACCGGCCAGUUGGUCCUGUGGACCGGUUGGACCAACCGGCCAGUUGGUCAUGUGGACCGGUUGGACCAACCGGCCAGUUGGUCCUGUGGACCGGUUGGACCAACCGGCCAGUUGGUCAUGUGGACCGGUUGGACCAACCGGCCAGUUGGUCCUGUGGACCGGUUGGACCAACCGGCCAGUUGGUCAUGUGGACCGGUUGGACCAACCGGCCCAGUUGGUCCUGUGGACCGGUUGGACCAACCGGCCAGUUGGUCCUGUGGACCGGUUGGGACCAACCGGCCAGUUGGUCAUGUGGACCGGUUGGACCAAACCGGCCCAGUUGGGUCAUGUGGACCGGUUGGACCAACCGGCCAGUUGGUCCUGUGGACCGGUUGGACCAACCGGCCAGUUGGUCCUGUGGACCGGUUGGACCAACCGGCCAGUUUGGUCAUGUGGACCGGUUGGUACCAACCGGCCCAGUUGGUCCUGUGGACCGGUUGGACCCAACCGGCCAGUUGGUCCUGUGGACCGGUUGGACCAACCGGCCAGUUGGUCCUGUGGACCGGUUGGACCAACCGGCCAGUUGGUCCUGUGGACCGGUUGGACCAAACCGGCCAGUUGUGCCUGGUGGACCGGUUGGAUCCAACCGGCAGUUGGUCCUGUGGACCGGUUUGGACCAACCGGCCAGUUGGUCCUGUGGACCGGUGGACCAACCGGCCAGUUGGUCAUGUGGACCGGUUGGUACCAACCGGCCAGGUGGUCCUGUGGACCGGUUGGACCAACCGGCCAGUUGGUCCUGUGGACCGGUUGGACCAACCGGCCAGUUGGUCAUGUGGACCGGUUGGACCAACCGGCCAGUUGGUCCUGUGGACGUUUGGACCAACCGGCCAGUUGGUCCCUGUGGACCGGUUGGACCAACCGGCCAGUUGGUCAUUGUGGACCGGUUGGUACCAACCGGCCAGUUGGUCAUGUGGACCGGUUGGAUCCAACCGGCCAGUUGGUCAUGUGGACCGGUUGGACCAACCGGCCAGUUGGUCCUGUGGACCGGUUGGACCAACCGGCCAGUGGUCCUGUGGACCGGUUGGACCAACCGGCCAGUUGGUCAUGUGGACCGGUUGUACCAACCGGCCAGUUGGUCCUGUGGACCGGUUGGACCAACCGGCCAGUUGGUCAUGUGGACCGGUUGGACCAACCGGCCAGUUGGUCCUGUGGACCGGUUGGUACCAACCGGCCAGUUGGUCCUGUGGACCCGGUUUGGACCAACCGGCCAGUUGGUCCUGUGGACCGGUUGGACCAACCGGCCAGUUGGUCCUGUGGACCGGUUGGGUCCAACCGGCCAGUUGGUCCUGUGGACCUGUUGGACCAACCGGCCAGUUGGUCAUGUGGACCGGUUGGACCAACCGGCCAGUUGGUCCUGUGGACCGGUUGGUACCAACCGGCCAGUUGGUCAUGUGGACCGGUUGGACCAACCGGCCAGUUGGUCCUGUGGACCGUUGGACCAACCGGCCGUGUCUGUGGACCGGUCGGACCAACCGCCAGUUGGGUCAUGUGGACCGGUUGGACCAACCGGCCAGUUGGUCAUGUGGACCGGUUGGACCAACCGGCCAGUUGGUCAUGUGGACCGGUUGGACCAACCGGCCAGUUGGUCCUGUGGGACCGGUUGGACCAACCGGCCAGUUGGUCAUGUGGACCGGUUGGCCAACCGGCCAGUUGGUCAUGUGGACCGGUUGGACAACCGGCCAGUUGGUCCUUGGACCGGUUGGACCAACCGGCCAGUUGGUCCUGUGGACCGGUUGGACCAACCGGCCAGUUGGUCCUGUGGACCGGUUGGACCAACCGGCCAGUUGGUCCUGUGGACCGUUGGACCAACCGGCCAGUUGGUCCUGUGGACCGGUUGGUCCAACCGGCCAGUUGUCAUGGGGACCGGUUGGACCAACCGGCCAGUUUGGUCAUGUGGACCGGUUGGACCAACCGGCCAGUUGGUCCUGUGGACCGGUUGGACCAACCGGCCAGUUGGUCCUGAUGGACCUGUUGGGGACCAAUCCGGCCAGUUGGGUCCUGUGGACCGGUUGGACCAACCGGCCAGUUGGUCCUGUGGACCGGUUGGACCAACCGGCCAGUUGGUCCUGUGGACCGGUUGGACCAACCGGCCAGUUGGUCCUGUGGACCGGUUGGACCAACCGGCCAGUUGGUCCUGUGGACCGGUUGGACCAACCGGCCAGUUGGUCCUGUGGACCGGUUGGACCAACCGGCCAGUUGGUCCUGUGGACCGGUUGGACCAACCGGCCAGUUGGUCCUGUGGACCGGUUGGACCAACCGGCCAGUUGGUCCUGUGGACCGGUUGGACCAACCGGCCAGUUGGUCCUGUGGACCGGUUGGACCAACCGGCCAGUUGGUCCUGUGGACCGGUUGGACCAACCGGCCAGUUGGUCCUGUGGACCGGUUGGACCAACCGGCCAGUUGGUCCUGUGGACCGGUUGGACCAACCGGCCAGUUGGUCCUGUGGACCGGUUGGACCAACCGGCCAGUUGGUCCUGUGGACCGGUUGGACCAACCGGCCAGUUGGUCCUGUGGACCGGUUGGACCAACCGGCCAGUUGGUCCUGUGGACCGUUGGACCAACCGGCCAGUUGGUCCUGUGGACCGGUUGGACCAACGGCCAGUUGGUCCUGUGGACCGGUUGGACCAACCGGCCAGUUGGUCCUGUGGACCGUGUUGGUCCAACCGGCCAAGUUGUCCAUGUGGACCGGUUGGACCAACCGGCCAGUUGGUCCUGUGGACCGGUUGGACCAACCGGCCAGUUGGUCCUGUGGACCGGUUGGACCAACCGGCCAGUUGGUCCUGUGGACCGGUUGGACCAACCGGCCAGUUGGUCAUGUGGACCGGUUGGACCAACCGGCCAGUUGGUCCUGUGGACCGGUUGGACCAACCGGCCAGUUGGUCCUGUGGACCGGUUGGACCAAACCGGCCAGUUGUCCUGUGGACCGGUUGACCAAGCCGGCCAGUUGGUCCUGUGACCGGUUGUCCAACCGGCCAGUUGGUCACUGUGGACCGGUUGGACCAACCGGCCAGUUGGUCCUGUGGACCGGUUGGACCAACCGGCCAGUUGGUCCUGUGGACCGGUUGGACCAACCGGCCAGUUGGUCCUGUGGACCGGUUGGACCCAAUCCGGCCAGUUGGUCAUGUGGACCGGUUGGACCAACCGGCCAGUUGGUCCUGUGGACCGGUUGGACCAACCGGCCAGUUGGUCCUGUGGACCGGUUGGACCAACCGGCCAGUUGGUCCUGUGGACCGGUUGGACCAACCGGCCAGUUGGUCCUGUGGACCGGUUGGACCAACCGGCCAGUUGGUCCUGUGGACCGGUUGGACCAACCGGCCAGUUGGUCCUGUGGACCGGUUGGACCAACCGGCCAGUUGGUCCUGUGGACCGGUUGGACCAACCGGCCAGUUGGUCCUGUGGACCGGUUGGACCAACCGGCCAGUUGGUCCUGUGGACCGGUUGGACCAACCGGCCAGUUGGUCCUGUGGACCGGUUGGACCAACCGGCCAGUUGGUCCUGUGGACCGGUUGGACCAACCGGCCAGUUGGUCCUGUGGACCGGUUGGACCAACCGGCCAGUUGGUCCUGUGGACCGGUUGGACCAACCGGCCAGUUGGUCCUGUGGACCGGUUGGACCAACCGGCCAGUUGGUCCUGUGGACCGGUUGGACCAACCGGCCAGUUGGUCCUGUGGACCGGUUGGACCAACCGGCCAGUUGGUCCUGUGGACCGGUUGGACCAACCGGCCAGUUGGUCCUGUGGACCGGUUGGACCAACCGGCCAGUUGGUCCUGUGGACCGGUUGGACCAACCGGCCAGUUGGUCCUGUGGACCGGUUGGACCAACCGGCCAGUUGGUCCUGUGGACCGGUUGGACCAACCGGCCAGUUGGUCCUGUGGACCGGUUGGACCAACCGGCCAGUUGGUCCUGUGGACCGGUUGGACCAACCGGCCAGUUGGUCCUGUGGACCGGUUGGACCAACCGGCCAGUUGGUCCUGUGGACCGGUUGGACCAACCGGCCAGUUGGUCCUGUGGACCGGUUGGACCAACCGGCCAGUUGGUCCUGUGGACCGGUUGGACCAACCGGCCAGUUGGUCCUGUGGACCGGUUGGACCAACCGGCCAGUUGGUCCUGUGGACCGGUUGGACCAACCGGCCAGUUGGUCCUGUGGACCGGUUGGACCAACCGGCCAGUUGGUCCUGUGGACCGGUUGGACCAACCGGCCAGUUGGUCCUGUGGACCGGUUGGACCAACCGGCCAGUUGGUCCUGUGGACCGGUUGGACCAACCGGCCAGUUGGUCCUGUGGACCGGUUGGACCAACCGGCCAGUUGGUCCUGUGGACCGGUUGGACCAACCGGCCAGUUGGUCCUGUGGACCGGUUGGACCAACCGGCCAGUUGGUCCUGUGGACCGGUUGGACCAACCGGCCAGUUGGUCCUGUGGACCGGUUGGACCAACCGGCCAGUUGGUCCUGUGGACCGGUUGGACCAACCGGCCAGUUGGUCCUGUGGACCGGUUGGACCAACCGGCCAGUUGGUCCUGUGGACCGGUUGGACCAACCGGCCAGUUGGUCCUGUGGACCGGUUGGACCAACCGGCCAGUUGGUCCUGUGGACCGGUUGGACCAACCGGCCAGUUGGUCCUGUGGACCGGUUGGACCAACCGGCCAGUUGGUCCUGUGGACCGGUUGGACCAACCGGCCAGUUGGUCCUGUGGACCGGUUGGACCAACCGGCCAGUUGGUCCUGUGGACCGGUUGGACCAACCGGCCAGUUGGUCCUGUGGACCGGUUGGACCAACCGGCCAGUUGGUCCUGUGGACCGGUUGGACCAACCGGCCAGUUGGUCCUGUGGACCGGUUGGACCAACCGGCCAGUUGGUCCUGUGGACCGGUUGGACCAACCGGCCAGUUGGUCCUGUGGACCGGUUGGACCAACCGGCCAGUUGGUCCUGUGGACCGGUUGGACCAACCGGCCAGUUGGUCCUGUGGACCGGUUGGACCAACCGGCCAGUUGGUCCUGUGGACCGGUUGGACCAACCGGCCAGUUGGUCCUGUGGACCGGUUGGACCAACCGGCCAGUUGGUCCUGUGGACCGGUUGGACCAACCGGCCAGUUGGUCCUGUGGACCGGUUGGACCAACCGCCAGUUGGUCCUGUGGACCGGACCAACAGGCCAGUUGGGUCAUGUGGACCGUUGGACCAACCGGCCAGUUGGUCCUGUGGACCGGUUUGGACCAACCGGCCAGUUGGUCCUGUGGACCGGUUGGACCAACCGGCCAGUUGGUCCUGUGGACCGGUUGGACCAACCGGCCGUUGGUCCUGUGGACCGGUUGGACCAACCGGCCAGUUGGUCAUGUGGACCGGUUGGACCAAGCCGGCCUAGUUUGGUCCUGUGGACCGGUUGGACCAACCGGCCAGUUGGUCCUGUGGACCGGUUGGACCAACCGGCCAGUUGGUCCUGUGGACCGGUUGACCAACCGGCCAUUGGUCCUGUGGACCGGUUGGACCAACCGGCCAGUUGGUCCUGUGGACCGGUUGGACCAACCGGCCAGUUGGUCCUGUGGACCGGUUGGACCAACCGGCCAGUUGGUCCUGUGGACCGGUUGGACCAACCGGCCAGUUGGUCCUGUGGACCGGUUGGACCAACCGGCCAGUUGGUCCUGUGGACCGGUUGGACCAACCGGCCUGUUGGUCCUGUGGACCGGUUGGACCAACCGCCAGUUGGUCCUGUGGACCGGUUGGACCAACCGGCCAUGUUGUCCUGUGGACCGGUUGGACCAAGCCGCCAGUUGGUCCUGUGGGACCGGUUUGGACCAACGGCCAGUUGGUACUGUGGACCGGUUGGACCAACCGGCCAGUUGGGUCCUGUUGGACCGGUUGGACCAACCGGCCAGUUGGUCCUGUGGACCGGUUGGUACCAACCGGCCAGUUGGUCCUGUGGACCGGUUGGACCAACCGGCCAGUUGGUCCUGUGGAUCCGGUUGGACAAACCGGACCUAGUUGGUCCUGUGGACCGGUUGGACCAACCGGCCAGGUUGGUCAUGUGGACCGGUUGGACCAACCGGCCAGUUGGUCCUGUGGACCCGGUUGGUCCAACCGGCCAGUUGGUCCUGUGGACCGGUGGACCAACCGGCCUAGUUGGUCCUGUGGACCGGCCUGUUUGGUCCUGUGGACCGGUUGGACCAACCGGCCGUGUUGGUCCUGUGGACCGGUUGGACCAACCGGCCAGUUGGUCAUGUGGACCGGUUGGACCAACCGGCCAGUUGGUCAUGUGGACCGGUUGGACCAACCGGCCAGUUGGUCCUGUGGACCGGUUGGACCAACCGGCCAGUUGGUCCUGUGGACCGGUUGGACCAACCGGCCAGUUGGUCAUGUGGACCGGUUGGACCAACCGGCCAGUUGGUCCUGUGGACCGGUUGGACCAACCGGCCAGUUGGUCCAUGUGGACCGGUUUGGACCAACCGGCCAGUUGGUCCUGUGGACCGGUUGGACCAACCGGCCAGUUGGUCCUGUGGACCGGUUGGACCAACCGGCCAGUUGGUCCUGUGGACCGGUUGGACCAACCGGCCAGUUGGUCCUGUGGACCGGUUGGACCAACCGGCCAGUUGGUCAUGUGGACCGGUUGGACCAACCGGCCAGUUGGUCCUGUGGACCGGUUGGACCAACCGGCCAGUUGGUCCUGUGGACCGGUUGGACCAACCGGCCAGUUGGUCCUGUGGACCGGUUGGUCCAACCGGCCAGUUGGUCCUGUGGACCGGUUGGACCAACCGGCCAGUUGGUCCUGUGGACCGGUUGGACCAACCGGCCAGUUGGUCCUGUGGACCGGUUGGACCAACCGGCCAGUUGGUCCUGUGGACCGGUUGGUCCAACCGGCCAGUUGGUCAUGUGGACCGGUUGGACCAACCGGCCAGUUGGUCCUGUGGACCGGUUGGACCAACCGGCCAGUUGGUCCUGUGGACCGGUUGGACCAACCGGCCAGUUGGUCCUGUGGACCGGUUGGACCAACCGGCCCAGUUGGUCCUGUGGACCGGUUGGACCAACCGGCCAGUUGGUCCUGUGGACCGGUUGGACCAACCGGCCAGUUGGUCCUGUGGACCGGUUGGACCAACCGGCCAGUUGGUCCUGUGGACCGGUUGGACCAACCGGCCAGUUGGUCAUGUGGACCGGUUGGACCAACCGGCCAGUUGGUCCUGUGGACCGGUUGGACCAACCGGCCAGUUGGUCAUGUGGACCGGUUGGACCAACCGGCCAGUUGGUCCUGUGGACCGGUUGGACCAACCGGCCAGUUGGUCAUGUGGACCGGUUGGACCAACCGGCCAGUUGGUCAUGUGGACCGGUUGGACCAACCGGCCAGUUGGUCCUGUGGACCGGUUGGACCAACCGGCCAGUUGGUCCUGUGGACCGGUUGGACCAACCGGCCAGUUGGUCCUGUGGACCGGUUGGUCCAACCGGCCAGUUGGUCCUGUGGACCGGUUGGACCAACCGGCCAGUUGGUCCUGUGGACCGGUUGGACCAACCGGCCAGUUGGUCCUGUGGACCGGUUGGACCAACCGGCCAGUUGGUCAUGUGGACCGGUUGGUACCAACCGGCCAGUUGGUCCUGUGGACCGGUUGGACCAACCGGCCAGUUGGUCAUGUGGACCGGUUGGACCAACCGGCCAGUUGGUCCUGUGGACCGGUUGGACCAACCGGCCAGUUGGUCCUGUGGACCGGUUGGACCAACCGGCCAGUUGGUCCUGUGGACCGGUUGGACCAACCGGCCAGUUGGUCCUGUGGACCGGUUGGACCAACCGGCCAGUUGGUCCUGUGGACCGGUUGGACCAACCGGCCAGUUGGUCAUGUGGACCGGUUGGACCAACCGGCCAGUUGGUCCUGUGGACCGGUUGGACCAACCGGCCAGUUGGUCCUGUGGACCGGUUGGACCAACCGGCCAGUUGGUCCUGUGGACCGGUUGGACCAACCGGCCAGUUGGUCCUGUGGACCGGUUGGACCAACCGCCAGUUGGUCAUGUGGACCGGUUGGACCAACCGGCCAGUUGGUCCUGUGGACCGGUUGGACCAACCGGCCAGUUGGUCCUGUGGACCGGUUGGACCAACCGGCCAGUUGGUCCUGUGGACCGGUUGGACCAACCGGCCAGUUGGUCCUGUGGACCGGUUGGUCCAACCGGCCCAGUUGGUCCUGUGGACCGGUUGGACCAACCGGCCAGUUGGUCCUGUGGAACCGGUUGGACCAACCGGCCAGUUGGUCAUGUGGACCGGUUGGUACCAACCGGCCAGUUGGUCCUGUGGACCGGUUGGACCAACCGGCCAGUUGGUCCUGUGGACCGGUUGGACCAACCGGCCAUGUUGGUCAUGUGGACCGGUUGGACCAACCGGCCAGUUGGUCAUGUGGACCGGUUGGUCCAACCGGCCAGUUGGUCCUGUGGACCGGUUGACCAACCGGCCAGUUGGUCCUGUGGACCGGUUGGACCAACCGGCCAGUUGGUCCUGUGGACCGGUUGGACCAACCGGCCAGUUGGUCCUGUGGACCGGUUGGACCAACCGGCCAUGUUGGUCCUGUGGACCGGUUUGGACCAACCGGCCAGUUGGUCCUGUGGACCGGUUGGACCAACCGGCCAGUUGGUCCUGUGGACCGGUUGGACCAACCGGCCAGUUGGUCAUGUGGACCGGUUGGACCAACCGGCCAGUUGGUCCUGUGGACCGGUUGGACCAACCGGCCAGUUGGUCCUGUGGACCGGUUGGACCAACCGGCCAGUUGGUCCUGUGGACCGGUUGGACCAACCGGCCAGUUGGUCCUGUGGACCGGUUGGUCCAACCGGCCAGUUGGUCCUGUGGACCGGUUGGACCAACCGGCCAGUUGGUCCUGUGGACCGGUUGGACCAACCGGCCAGUUGGUCAUGUGGACCGGUUGGACCAACCGGCCAGUUGGUCCUGUGGACCGGUUGGACCAACCGGCCAGUUGGUCCUGUGGACCGGUUGGACCAACCGGCCAGUUGGUCCUGUGGACCGGUUGGACCAACCGGCCAGUUGGUCCUGUGGACCGGUUGGACCAACCGGCCAGUUGGUCCUGUGGACCGGUUGGUACCAACCGGCCAGUUGGUCCUGUGGACCGGUUGGACCAACCGGCCAGUUGGUCAUGUGGACCGGUUGGACCAACCGGCCAGUUGGUCCUGUGGACCGGUUGGACCAACCGGCCAGUUGGUCAUGUGGACCGGUUGGACCAACCGGCCAGUUGGUCCUGUGGACCGGUUGGACCAACCGGCCAGUUGGUCCUGUGGACCGGUUGGACCAACCGGCCAGUUGGUCAUGUGGACCGGGUUGGACCAACCGGCCAGUUGGUCCUGUGGACCGGUUGGACCAACCGGCCAGUUGGUCAUGUGGACCGGUUGGACCAACCGGCCAGUUGGUCCUGUGGACCGGUUGGACCAACCGGCCAGUUGGUCCUGUGGACCGGUUGGACCAACCGGCCAGUUGGUCCUGUGGACCGGUUGGACCAACCGGCCAGUUGGUCCUGUGGACCGGUUGGACCAACCGGCCAGUUGGUCCUGUGGACCGGUUGGACCAACCGGCCAGUUGGUCCUGUGGACCGGUUGGACCAACCGGCCAGUUGGUCAUGUGGACCGGUUGGACCAACCGGCCAGUUGGUCAUGUGGACCGGUUGGACCAACCGGCCAGUUGGUCCUGUGGACCGGUUGGACCAACCGGCCAGUUGGUCCUGUGGACCGGUUGGACCAACCGGCCAGUUGGUCCUGUGGACCGGUUGGACCAACCGGCCAGUUGGUCCUGUGGACCGGUUGGACCAACCGGCCAGUUGGUCAUGUGGACCGGUUGGACCAACCGGCCAGUUGGUCCUGUGGACCGGUUGGACCAACCGGCCAGUUGGUCCUGUGGACCGGUUGGACCAACCGGCCAGUUGGUCCUGUGGACCGGUUGGACCAACCGGCCAGUUGGUCCUGUGGACCGGUUGGACCAACCGGCCAGUUGGUCCUGUGGACCGGUUGGACCAACCGGCCAGUUGGUCAUGUGGACCGGUUGGACCAACCGGCCAGUUGGUCCUGUGGACCGGUUGGACCAACCGGCCAGUUGGUCCUGUGGACCGGUUGGACCAACCGGCCAGUUGGUCCUGUGGACCGGUUGGACCAACCGGCCAGUUGGUCAUGUGGACCGGUUGGACCAACCGGCCAGUUGGUCCUGUGGACCGGUUGGACCAACCGGCCAGUUGGUCCUGUGGACCGGUUGGACCAACCGGCCAGUUGGUCCUGUGGACCGGUUGGACCAACCGGCCAGUUGGUCAUGUGGACCGGUUGGACCAACCGGCCAGUUGGUCCUGUGGACCGGUUGGACCAACCGGCCAGUUGGUCCUGUGGACCGGUUGGACCAACCGGCCAGUUGGUCCUGUGGACCGGUUGGACCAACCGGCCAGUUGGUCCUGUGGACCGGUUGGACCAACCGGCCAGUUGGUCCUGUGGACCGGUUGGACCAACCGGCCAGUUGGUCCUGUGGACCGGUUGGACCAACCGGCCAGUUGGUCCUGUGGACCGGUUGGACCAACCGGCCAGUUGGUCCUGUGGACCGGUUGGACCAACCGGCCAGUUGGUCCUGUGGACCGGUUGGACCAACCGGCCAGUUGGUCCUGUGGACCGGUUGGACCAACCGGCCAGUUGGUCCUGUGGACCGGUUGGACCAACCGGCCAGUUGGUCCUGUGGACCGGUUGGACCAACCGGCCAGUUGGUCCUGUGGACCGGUUGGACCAACCGGCCAGUUGGUCCUGUGGACCGGUUGGUCCAACCGGCCAGUUGGUCCUGUGGACCGGUGUGGACCGGUUGGUCCAACCGGCCAGUUGGUCCUGUGGACCGGUUGGACCAACCGGCCAGUUGGUCCUGUGGACCGGUUGGACCAACCGGCCAGUUGGUCCUGUGGACCGGUUGGUCCAACCGGCCAGUUGGUCCUGUGGACCGGUUGGACCAACCGGCCAGUUGGUCAUGUGGACCGGUUGGACCAACCGGCCAGUUGGUCCUGUGGACCGGUUGGACCAACCGGCCAGUUGGUCAUGUGGACCGGUUGGACCAACCGGCCAGUUGGUCCUGUGGACCGGUUGGACCAACCGGCCAGUUGGUCAUGUGGACCGGUUGGACCAACCGGCCAGUUGGUCAUGUGGACCGGUUGGACCAACCGGCCAGUUGGUCAUGUGGACCGGUUGGACCAACCGGCCAGUUGGUCCUGUGGACCGGUUGGACCAACCGGCCAGUUGGUCCUGUGGACCGGUUGGACCAACCGGCCAGUUGGUCCUGUGGACCGGUUGGACCAACCGGCCAGUUGGUCCUGUGGACCGGUUGGACCAACCGGCCAGUUGGUCCUGUGGACCGGUUGGACCAACCGGCCAGUUGGUCCUGUGGACCGGUUGGACCAACCGGCCAGUUGGUCCUGUGGACCGGUUGGACCAACCGGCCAGUUGGUCCUGUGGACCGGUUGGACCAACCGGCCAGUUGGUCCUGUGGACCGGUUGGACCAACCGGCCAGUUGGUCCUGUGGACCGGUUGGACCAACCGGCCAGUUGGUCCUGUGGACCGGUUGGACCAACCGGCCAGUUGGUCCUGUGGACCGGUUGGACCAACCGGCCAGUUGGUCCUGUGGACCGGUUGGACCAACCGGCCAGUUGGUCCUGUGGACCGGUUGGACCAACCGGCCAGUUGGUCCUGUGGACCGGUUGGACCAACCGGCCAGUUGGUCAUGUGGACCGGUUGGACCAACCGGCCAGUUGGUCCUGUGGACCGGUUGGACCAACCGGCCAGUUGGUCAUGUGGACCGGUUGGACCAACCGGCCAGUUGGUCCUGUGGACCGGUUGGACCAACCGGCCAGUUGGUCCUGUGGACCGGUUGGACCAACCGGCCAGUUGGUCCUGUGGACCGGUUGGACCAACCGGCCAGUUGGUCAUGUGGACCGGUUGGACCAACCGGCCAGUUGGUCCUGUGGACCGGUUGGACCAACCGGCCAGUUGGUCCUGUGGACCGGUUGGACCAACCGGCCAGUUGGUCAUGUGGACCGGUUGGACCAACCGGCCAGUUGGUCCUGUGGACCGGUUGGACCAACCGGCCAGUUGGUCCUGUGGACCGGUUGGACCAACCGGCCAGUUGGUCCUGUGGACCGGUUGGACCAACCGGCCAGUUGGUCCUGUGGACCGGUUGGACCAACCGGCCAGUUGGUCCUGUGGACCGGUUGGACCAACCGGCCAGUUGGUCCUGUGGACCGGUUGGACCAACCGGCCAGUUGGUCAUGUGGACCGGUUGGUCCAACCGGCCAGUUGGUCCUGUGGACCGGUUGGACCAACCGGCCAGUUGGUCCUGUGGACCGGUUGGACCAACCGGCCAGUUGGUCCUGUGGACCGGUUGGACCAACCGGCCAGUUGGUCAUGUGGACCGGUUGGACCAACCGGCCAGUUGGUCCUGUGGACCGGUUGGACCAACCGGCCAGUUGGUCCUGUGGACCGGUUGGACCAACCGGCCAGUUGGUCGGACCGGUUGGACAACCGGCCAGUGGUCCUGUGGACGGUUGGACCAACCGGCCAGUUGGUCCUGUGGACCGGUUGGACCAACCGGCCAGUUGGUCAUGUGGACCGGUUGGACCAACCGGCCAGUUGGUCCUGUGGACCGGUUGGACCAACCGGCCAGUUGGUCCUGUGGACCGGUUGGACCAACCGGCCAGUUGGUCAUGUGGACCGGUUGGACCAACCGGCCAGUUGGUCCUGUGGACCGGUUGGACCAACCGGCCAGUUGGUCCUGUGGACCGGUUGGACCAACCGGCCAGUUGGUCCUGUGGACCGGUUGGACCAACCGGCCAGUUGGUCCUGUGGACCGGUUGGACCAACCGGCCAGUUGGUCAUGUGGACCGGUUGGACCAACCGGCCAGUUGGUCCUGUGGACCGGUUGGACCAACCGGCCAGUUGGUCCUGUGGACCGGUUGGACCAACCGGCCAGUUGGUCCUGUGGACCGGUUGGACCAACCGGCCAGUUGGUCCUGUGGACCGGUUGGACCAACCGGCCAGUUGGUCCUGUGGACCGGUUGGACCAACCGGCCAGUUGGUCAUGUGGACCGGUUGGACCAACCGGCCAGUUGGUCCUGUGGACCGGUUGGACCAACCGGCCAGUUGGUCAUGUGGACCGGUUGGACCAACCGGCCAGUUGGUCCUGUGGACCGGUUGGACCAACCGGCCAGUUGGUCCUGUGGACCGGUUGGACCAACCGGCCAGUUGGUCCUGUGGACCGGUUGGACCAACCGGCCAGUUGGUCAUGUGGACCGGUUGGACCAACCGGCCAGUUGGUCCUGUGGACCGGUUGGACCAACCGGCCAGUUGGUCCUGUGGACCGGUUGGACCAACCGGCCAGUUGGUCCUGUGGACCGGUUGGACCAACCGGCCAGUUGGUCCUGUGGACCGGUUGGACCAACCGGCCAGUUGGUCCUGUGGACCGGUUGGACCAACCGGCCAGUUGGUCCUGUGGACCGGUUGGACCAACCGGCCAGUUGGUCCUGUGGACCGGUUGGACCAACCGGCCAGUUGGUCCUGUGGACCGGUUGGACCAACCGGCCAGUUGGUCCUGUGGACCGGUUGGACCAACCGGCCAGUUGGUCCUGUGGACCGGUUGGACCAACCGGCCAGUUGGUCCUGUGGACCGGUUGGACCAACCGGCCAGUUGGUCCUGUGGACCGGUUGGACCAACCGGCCAGUUGGUCCUGUGGACCGGUUGGACCAACCGGCCAGUUGGUCCUGUGGACCGGUUGGACCAACCGGCCAGUUGGUCCUGUGGACCGGUUGGACCAACCGGCCAGUUGGUCCUGUGGACCGGUUGGACCAACCGGCCAGUUGGUCCUGUGGACCGGUUGGACCAACCGGCCAGUUGGUCCUGUGGACCGGUUGGACCAACCGGCCAGUUGGUCCUGUGGACCGGUUGGACCAACCGGCCAGUUGGUCCUGUGGACCGGUUGGACCAACCGGCCAGUUGGUCCUGUGGACCGGUUGGACCAACCGGCCAGUUGGUCCAUGUGGACCGGUUGGACCAACCGGCCAGUUGGUCAUGUGGACCGGUUGGACCAACCGGCCAGUUGGUCAUGUGGACCGGUUGGACCAACCGGCCAGUUGGUCCUGUGGACCGGUUGGACCAACCGGCCAGUUGGUCCUGUGGACCGGUUGGACCAACCGGCCAGUUGGUCCUGUGGACCGGUUGGACCAACCGGCCAGUUGGUCCUGUGGACCGGUUGGACCAACCGGCCAGUUGGUCCUGUGGACCGGUUGGACCAACCGGCCAGUUGGUCCUGUGGACCGGUUGGACCAACCGGCCAGUUGGUCCUGUGGACCGGUUGGACCAACCGGCCAGUUGGUCCUGUGGACCGGUUGGACCAACCGGCCAGUUGGUCCUGUGGACCGGUUGGACCAACCGGCCAGUUGGUCCUGUGGACCGGUUGGACCAACCGGCCAGUUGGUCAUGUGGACCGGUUGGACCAACCGGCCAGUUGGUCCUGUGGACCGGUUGGACCAACCGGCCAGUUGGUCCUGUGGACCGGUUGGACCAACCGGCCAGUUGGUCCUGUGGACCGGUUGGACCAACCGGCCAGUUGGUCCUGUGGACCGGUUGGACCAACCGGCCAGUUGGUCCUGUGGACCGGUUGGACCAACCGGCCAGUUGGUCCUGUGGACCGGUUGGACCAACCGGCCAGUUGGUCAUGUGGACCGGUUGGACCAACCGGCCAGUUGGUCCUGUGGACCGGUUGGACCAACCGGCCAGUUGGUCCUGUGGACCGGUUGGACCAACCGGCCAGUUGGUCCUGUGGACCGGUUGGACCAACCGGCCAGUUGGUCCUGUGGACCGGUUGGACCAACCGGCCAGUUGGUCCUGUGGACCGGUUGGACCAACCGGCCAGUUGGUCCUGUGGACCGGUUGGACCAACCGGCCAGUUGGUCAUGUGGACCGGUUGGACCAACCGGCCAGUUGGUCAUGUGGACCGGUUGGACCAACCGGCCAGUUGGUCCUGUGGACCGGUUGGACCAACCGGCCAGUUGGUCCUGUGGACCGGUUGGACCAACCGGCCAGUUGGUCAUGUGGACCGGUUGGACCAACCGGCCAGUUGGUCCUGUGGACCGGUUGGACCAACCGGCCAGUUGGUCAUGUGGACCGGUUGGACCAACCGGCCAGUUGGUCAUGUGGACCGGUUGGACCAACCGGCCAGUUGGUCCUGUGGACCGGUUGGACCAACCGGCCAGUUGGUCCUGUGGACCGGUUGGUCCAACCGGCCAGUUGGUCCUGUGGACCGGUUGGACCAACCGGCCAGUUGGUCAUGUGGACCGGUUGGACCAACCGGCCAGUUGGUCCUGUGGACCGGUUGGACCAACCGGCCAGUUGGUCCUGUGGACCGGUUGGACCAACCGGCCAGUUGGUCCUGUGGACCGGUUGGACCAACCGGCCAGUUGGUCCUGUGGACCGGUUGGACCAACCGGCCAGUUGGUCAUGUGGACCGGUUGGACCAACCGGCCAGUUGGUCCUGUGGACCGGUUGGACCAACCGGCCAGUUGGUCCUGUGGACCGGUUGGACCAACCGGCCAGUUGGUCCUGUGGACCGGUUGGACCAACCGGCCAGUUGGUCAUGUGGACCGGUUGGUCCAACCGGCCAGUUGGUCAUGUGGACCGGUUGGACCAACCGGCCAGUUGGUCCUGUGGACCGGUUGGACCAACCGGCCAGUUGGUCCUGUGGACCGGUUGGACCAACCGGCCAGUUGGUCAUGUGGACCGGUUGGACCAACCGGCCAGUUGGUCCUGUGGACCGGUUGGACCAACCGGCCAGUUGGUCAUGUGGACCGGUUGGUCCAACCGGCCAGUUGGUCCUGUGGACCGGUUGGUCCAACCGGCCUAGUUGGUCCUGUGGACCGGUUGGACCAACCGGCCAGUUGGUCCUGUGGACCGGUUGGACCAACCGGCCAGUUGGUCUGUGGACCGGUUGGACCAACCGGCCAGUUGGUCCUGUGGACCGGUUGGACCAACCGGCCAGUUGGUCCUGUGGACCGGUUUGGACCAACCGGCCAGUUGGUCAUGUGGACCGGUUGGACCAACCGGCCAGUUGGUCAUGUGGACCGGUUGGUACCAACCGGCCAGUUUGGUCAUGUGGACCGGUUGGACCAACCGGCCAGUUGGUCCUGUGGAGCCGGUUGGACCAACCGGCCUGUUGGUCCUGUGGACCGGUUGGACCAACCGGCCAGUUGGUCCUGUGGACCGGUUUGGACCAACCGGCCAGUUGGUCAUGUGGACCGGUUGGACCAACCGGCCAGUUGGUCCUGUGGACCGGUUGGACCAACCGGCCAGUUGGUCAUGUGGACCGGUUGGACCAACCGGCCAGUUGGUCCUGUGGACCGGUUGGUCCAACCGGCCAGUUGGUCCUGUGGACCGGUUGGACCGGUUGGACCAACCGGCCAGUUGGUCCUGUGGACCGGUUGGACCAACCGGCCAGUUGGUCAUGUGGACCGGUUGGACCAACCGGCCAGUUGGUCAUGUGGACCGGUUGGACCAACCGGCCAGUUGGUCAUGUGGACCGGUUGGUCCAACCGGCCAGUUGGUCCUGUGGACCGGUUGGACCAACCGGCCAGUUGGUCCUGUGGACCGGUUGGACCAACCGGCCAGUUGGUCCUGUGGACCGGUUGGACCAACCGGCCAGUUGGUCAUGUGGACCGGUUGGACCAACCGGCCAGUUGGUCCUGUGGACCGGUUGGACCAACCGGCCAGUUGGUCAUGUGGACCGGUUGGUCCAACCGGCCAGUUGGUCAUGUGGACCGGUUGGACCAACCGGCCAGUUGGUCCUGUGGACCGGUUGGACCAACCGGCCAGUUGGUCCUGUGGACCGGUUGGUACCAACCGGCCAGUUGGUCAUGUGGACCGGUUGGACCAACCGGCCAGUUGGUCCUGUGGACCGGUUGGACCAACCGGCCAGUUGGUCCUGUGGACCGGUUGGACCAACCGGCCAGUUGGUCAUGUGGACCGGUUGGACCAACCGGCCAGUUGGUCCUGUGGACCGGUUGGACCAACCGGCCAGUUGGUCAUGUGGACCGGUUGGUCCAACCGGCCAGUUGGUCAUGUGGACCGGUUGGUCCAACCGGCCAGUUGGUCCUGUGGACCGGUUGGACCAACCGGCCUGUUGGUCCUGUGGACCGGUUUGACCAACCGGCCAGUUGGUCAUGUGGACCGGUUGGACCAACCGGCCAGUUGGUCAUGUGGACCGGUUGGUCCAACCGGCCAGUUGGUCAUGUGGACCGGUUGGUCCAACCGGCCAGUUGGUCCUGUGGACCGGUUGGACCAACCGGCCUGUUGGUCCUGUGGACCGGUUUGACCAACCGGCCAGUUGGUCAUGUGGACCGGUUGGACCAACCGGCCAGUUGGUCCUGUGGACCGGUUGGACCAACCGGCCAGUUGGUCAUGUGGACCGGUUGGUCCAACCGGCCAGUUGGUCAUGUGGACCGGUUGGACCAACCGGCCAGUUGGUCCUGUGGACCGGUUGGACCAACCGGCCAGUUGGUCCUGUGGACCGGUUGGUCCAACCGGCCAGUUGGUCAUGUGGACCGGUUGGACCAACCGGCCAGUUGGUCCUGUGGACCGGUUGGACCAACCGGCCAGUUGGUCCUGUGGACCGGUUGGACCAACCGGCCAGUUGGUCAUGUGGACCGGUUGGACCAACCGGCCAGUUGGUCCUGUGGACCGGUUGGACCAACCGGCCAGUUGGUCAUGUGGACCGGUUGGUCCAACCGGCCAGUUGGUCAUGUGGACCGGUUGGACCAACCGGCCAGUUGGUCAUGUGGACCGGUUGGUCCAACCGGCCAGUUGGUCAUGUGGACCGGUUGGUCCAACCGGCCAGUUGGUCAUGUGGACCGGUUGGACCAACCGGCCAGUUGGUCCUGUGGACCGGUUGGACCAACCGGCCAGUUGGUCCUGUGGACCGGUUUGACCAACCGGCCAGUUGGUCAUGUGGACCGGUUGGACCAACCGGCCAGUUGGUCCUGUGGACCGGUUGGACCAACCGGCCAGUUGGUCAUGUGGACCGGUUGGACCAACCGGCCAGUUGGUCCUGUGGACCGGUUGGUCCAACCGGCCAGUUGGUCCUGUGGACCGGUUGGUCCAACCGGCCAGUUGGUCCUGUGGACCGGUUGGACCAACCGGCCAGUUGGUCAUGUGGACCGGUUGGACCAACCGGCCAGUUGGUCCUGUGGACCGGUUGGACCAACCGGCCAGUUGGUCAUGUGGACCGGUUGGUCCAACCGGCCAGUUGGUCAUGUGGACCGGUUGGACCAACCGGCCAGUUGGUCCUGUGGACCGGUUGGACCAACCGGCCAGUUGGUCCUGUGGACCGGUUGGACCAACCGGCCAGUUGGUCAUGUGGACCGGUUGGACCAACCGGCCAGUUGGUCCUGUGGACCGGUUGGACCAACCGGCCCGUUGGUCAUGUGGACCGGUUGGACCAACCGGCCAGUUGGUCAUGUGGACCGGUUGGACCAACCGGCCAGUUGGUCCUGUGGACCGGUUGGACCAACCGGCCAGUUGGUCCUGUGGACCGGUUGGACCAACCGGCCUGUUGGUCAUGUGGACCGGUUGGACCAACCGGCCAGUUGGUCCUGUGGACCGGUUGGACCAACCGGCCAGUUGGUCAUGUGGACCGGUUGGUCCAACCGGCCAGUUGGUCAUGUGGACCGGUUGGACCAACCGGCCAGUUGGUCCUGUGGACCGGUUGGACCAACCGGCCAGUUGGUCAUGUGGACCGGUUGGUCCAACCGGCCAGUUGGUCAUGUGGACCGGUUGGACCAACCGGCCAGUUGGUCCUGUGGACCGGUUGGACCAACCGGCCAGUUGGUCCUGUGGACCGGUUGGACCAACCGGCCAGUUGGUCCUGUGGACCGGUUGGACCAACCGGCCAGUUGGUCAUGUGGACCGGUUGGUCCAACCGGCCAGUUGGUCAUGUGGACCGGUUGGACCAACCGGCCAGUUGGUCCUGUGGACCGGUUGGACCAACCGGCCAGUUGGUCAUGUGGACCGGUUGGUCCAACCGGCCAGUUGGUCAUGUGGACCGGUUGGACCAACCGGCCAGUUGGUCCUGUGGACCGGUUGGACCAACCGGCCAGUUGGUCCUGUGGACCGGUUGGACCAACCGGCCAGUUGGUCAUGUGGACCGGUUGGACCAACCGGCCAGUUGGUCCUGUGGACCGGUUGGACCAACCGGCCAGUUGGUCAUGUGGACCGGUUGGUCCAACCGGCCAGUUGGUCAUGUGGACCGGUUGGACCAACCGGCCAGUUGGUCAUGUGGACCGGUUGGUCCAACCGGCCAGUUGGUCAUGUGGAUCGGUUGGUCCAACCGGCCAGUUGGUCAUGUGGACCGGUUGGACCAACCGGCCAGUUGGUCCUGUGGACCGGUUGGACCAACCGGCCUGUUGGUCCUGUGGACCGGUUUGA